GCCCUCUCUGGCUCGCCGCAGCCUCCGCGCGCUACAACGACACCGCCUUUGCAUGUGGCGCUAGCUACACCUACGACCGCGAGACUAACACGGACGUCUACCGAAGCACACUCAACAUGUCGACCGAGUGCGCACUGUACGAGCUCCACACGGGCGGGCUCCUCUCGGCCCGGCUCCAGUCGCUCGUGUGCGCCGUUGUUCAGAACACGUCGUCGUCUUCAGUCGCGGGCGGGUGCCAAGAGAACCGAUUGUUUUCGCUGCGGGCGUCCGUGCUCUGCGUCUGGUUCGCCUCCAGCGACAACGACGACGACGACUUGACUGUCUAUGAGCUGUUUCACGUGGCGCGCACACCCCAGUUUCUCUACGGCAUCUUGGGCUUCCGCGUGGCGCUCGCCCUGUACACUGCGCUUUUGGUUCGACGCACGUAUGUGCUGCCAGUCCGACGGCUGCACCGCCAGUGCUAUCGGCUCGCGGCCAGCCGCUGCGACGUGAUCGUGGGCGACCCGACGUCGCUGGUCAUCCUGGACCCGCUGCUUGUGACGGCAAGGACGCUUGACCUCUGGCUCAGCGUGCCCGUCGUCGGGUCGUCGACGAUUGCAGUGUCCCAGCUUGAAGCUUUGGCUCAUGCGAUCCUCGGCUGCAUGUACCUCUCCCGCACGGUGUGGUUCGCAUACGGGUCCCUCGCACUCCUCUCCAGAGCGCUCAAGCACUACCACUGGGAAGCGCGGUACCGGCCCGCGAACCCGACCCUUCUCGCGGUCUUCGCGACGCUUCUUGCGGGUCCGCUGACGUAUCUCCAAGCCCAAAGCAACCUCCUCGUGCGGCUCUACGGGAUGAUUUUCGCAGGUCAGGAGCCCAGUACCAUCCAAAUCUUUUGGAGAUUCCUGCUCUUCCAUCUCCUCAUUGCUGCGCUUCCGUUCCUGUAUUUUGCGCGCGCUCCGUCCAGUGACGACGGCGGCGCCUCAGCGCUUCUCGCCAAGGCCAUCACGACGCGGUAUACGACCGUCGGCGCAACCGACUGGAAGCAGCGUCUUCUGCUGCCGGUGUUUCUGAGGUCGGCCGGUUGCGUCCGCCAGCACGGCUGCUCGAUCUACAAUUUCUUCUAUGUCAAUGCGGCCUUUCGCGCGUGCCCGGGCCUGAGCCAGCGCGGGUCUGACUGCUACAUCGUGCUCUACAGCAGCGGCGCAACCGAAGUGUGUCGCCUCGCGCUGCAGCGCCGCGUCGAUAUCACGUCGCAGCCCGUGACGAUCGAGCGACGGGACGCGUUCUUUGGCAGCCUCGGCAUCGUCAUCAACAAGGGCGCCACCAGCCCGACCUUUGUCGUAGUCGAGCCCACGCAUGCGCCGUGCGAGUGGGUCCAAUAA